AUGCAGCUGUCCACCUCCACUCCAUCCGCGGAUGGUGGCGAGCGUCAACCCUCGGCGCCUCCUCUGCGCCGCACGGCCCGGGCCUGUGAUUCGUGUCACCGGAGAAAGAUUCAAUGUGAUCCAUCCAUUCCUUGUAACUGGUGCCGCCACCAUAAUCUGGACUGCACUUUCAACCGGCCUAUUGGUGGCAGCAAACGCAAGAGAGCUACCAACGAGCCGGCCCCAAAGCCUGCACCCGGAGAAGACCUUGAGGAGAGGGUCAUGAAGCUGGAGCAGCUUCUGGUGCGAUCGAUGCCCACCAAUGAGCACCAGCGUAACUGUACCUCGCUGAUAUCCCAAGGGUCCUGGCCCUCUGAUCCGGCCGCCCGCUUCGGCACCCCACGGCCGUCGGCGAAUGGCCCCUCAGCUAGCGACUACAUGCCUCGCCUUAGUAGUGGUCUGUGCUUCGGUAAGAUUCAUUUCGCGGGACACUAUGUCGGCGACUUGACCUCGUACAAUGGUAUUCCGUGCUUCUCGCUGGACGGCCAGGAAUGGGUGCAGUCUCGCACCGGCGAAGACAAGACAUUUAACAGCCUUUGGCCCUCGCAGCCGCAAAGACCCACACCUCAGCUGGCCAGCUCCUUUCUACAUACACUACAUGGCUAUGCGGGCAUCCCCGACCUUCCUGACAGAUCCGUCGUGGAUCAGUAUGUUCAGCAGUUUUUCUCCUCUUUUAUCCGUUUCAUUUUCCCUCUCAUCGAUUCUUUGCUGUUUAAGGAGACGGUCAACCUUGCCUAUUCCUCAUGUCAAGGGCCCCCGUCUGUGGAGAUGAUCAGUGCCAAAGCUUGUGUGAUGGCAUUCCUGGCACUUAUGUCGAUGAUUCUUCGGCCACAAAAUAACCUUCCUGCGCUGGACGCGGACGUCUAUGCGGCUAAAGCCCAGAAUUUACUGCCUCAAAUCAUGGACGAUGUCAGCCUUUCCACCUUCCAGACGAUGUUAAUGCUUACCAUGAACCGAGUCUUCUCUGGUCAACUUCAAGCCGCCAAUCAAUGUCACGCCAUGGGUUGCCGAGUCAUGUUCUCCCUGGGCGCCCAGCUCUUACCCAAUGAGCGACCAGCUCCCCCAUCGCCAGAAGAUGUCGAGGAUCGUGUCUGGCGCUAUCACAAGCAGCUGCGGAACUUAUUCUGGCUUUGUUAUUCGCAUGACAAGGAAAUAUGUCUCCGAUCUGGCCAGCCACCAAUCAUCGACGACGAACACUGCAAUCUCUCCCUUCCUGCCAACUACAUGCAAAUACAAUAUCUCGAAGAUGAGGGCGCGGAUAGAUCUAUGUUUGACGAUAUCGGUAUACCUCACUCCCCGGCUGAUCUCCGGAUGACCGUUAUCAAGUCAAAAGCCUAUCGGGCACUAUACUCGUCAAAGUCGUUGCUCAAGUCCGAUGCGCAACUCCUGCAGGAUAUCCGAGAACUCGAUGACGAGCUAGAGCGUUGGCGGAUGGACGUCCCUCCCAAAUUCCGUCCCUCUUUGGGUCACUCGUUCCAAAGUCAUGAGAGCCCAUUUCUUCGCAUGCAGGCAAUAGUCUCUCGGCUGGAAUACCACUACUUGAUGGUAACGAUCCAUCGCGCGGCUGGCCGCUGUCAAUCCUGGGCAAUUUCUGAUAGUGGGGAGAUGGAGGGGAUUAACUCGAGCAUGCUGCUCGCGGUAGAAGCCAGUCGCUCCACCUUGUUGUUUCUCCGUCCUACUUUAGAUUCAAUAUUCCCUGAGGCCUUCUGGAUGAUCACCUUCUAUCCCAUGUCUGCCAUCCUCACUAUCUUUUGCAACAUCUUACUCUUUCCACUUGACUCACGCGCCGAGGACGAUCUCAAGCUUCUUGGCUCAGUUCCCAAUCUCAUCAAGGGUAUCCGUCUGCAACGAUUGACCAAUAACGAAGUAGCGCAUAUAACAAUGGUGGCAGACUUUGUGGCCGAACUCACACGUUUAGGUAAUUGCGCCAUUCACAAGGCCCGAUGCAGUCUGCUGCCGAAAUAG